AUGGCUGUUCCACCACCCUCUACUUCAACACAAAUACCGCUUCCAGCAACACUGGACAGGGUGCAGAUCCUAAGCCUACCGGCCACGGCAUUCUACAUUGCCGAGUUUAUCACAGAAGAGGAAGAACGGCAAAUUCUCCAAAGAGUCGAAGCUGCGCCGAAACCGAAGUGGAAACAACUUUCCCACCGCCGUCUGCAAACAUGGCCGUCCGAUCUCCUUCACGAUAAGCUUCUCGAUGCACCGCUCCCGCCGUGGCUCGUGGACCCUGUCGUCACGCGGCUCCUCACCAUUCCUGUGCGAGCCAACAGGAAUGGCGACGAUGGCGAGAAUGACGACCGUGACAACAUAUUCGCCAAUAGCCCACACAAGCGUCCAAACCAUGUCCUAAUCAACGAAUAUCCGCCUGGCGUGGGAAUCAUGCCGCACAAGGACGGCUCGGCAUACCACCCAGUAGUCUGCACCGUAAGUUUGGGUGCCAGUCUCUGUCUGAAUAUCUACAAGAACAAUGAGGACGGUACUCUGCAAACCGAACCGGUGGCGCGGAUUCUCCAAGAACCGCGCAGUCUUCUAAUCACCACCGACAAUCUCUACACCGAUUACCUGCACGGCAUCGCCGACAUUGACAAGGACGUCGACCUAUCGGAAGCCACCGUCGCGAACUGGGACCUCUUACAAUCCAAAGAACUGUUUGCCUCUGGGCAGAGCACACGCGAAACUCGCGUCAGCUUGACAUACCGUGACGUAUUGAAAGUAUCGAAGCUGGGUAACAAGUUUGGGAUGUUCAAGCGGCCGUGA